CCAACAGGAGCUAGCAUGUUUCACUUCCGGGUCAACGGACGUAAACAGAAGGGCGUUUCGCAGGCGGAAAACAUGACCGAGUUGGAGGUGUUCAACGUCUUUCUGAACGACAGACUUACAGCGGCCGCUCAAGAGAUUUUUCGAGCCGUCAAAGACACCUUCGUCGGAUACCAGAGUGAAAUUCGCCGCUCUAAAGAAGAGAACGAGCGCCUGAAGCGCCUCCUCAAUGUCGCCGUCCAACGACUCUUACUGCAAUCGGAAGCUUGUGUUGUCCAGUCUCAAGAUCACCGCCGCAUCUAUGAAUCUGAAAGGGGAAGCAGUGUGCAACCACAAGUGAAAAAAGAGCCCAAUCUCAGAGAGCUUCACAGCGAGUGUGUGCAUGAUGGAAGAGACCCAAAAGAGGAACCUUGUGGUCAAUUUGAGACACAACUCAGGUCACAUUCUCUGUUAGUUCAAACAGUGUGUAGUAGAGAUACUGCCUCUUCUUCUCCUUUGCCAUCCCAGGACACAAAGACAGACUGGGACAAUGAAGAACACUUUGCAGCCAGCAGCUCAUCAUCCACUCAGACUGUACAGUCAGAUGGAAAAGACACUCACAGUGAUCCUAUUGGUACUCCUGCAAAUAUCCGCACAGCCACCCAGAAAGAUCUGCCAGGAUCUGUCGGACAGCAGGCGAAAGGACUUCUUUGCACAAAUAAAAAGCAAAGUGUAAACUUACUGCAGCUAAAACACAUGAAAUCCCACAAGUCGGCCCCUUCUCGUACCUCUCACCCGACCAUACAGCGGUGGCACUGCUGUAAAGUGUGUGGCAAAGCCUUCAGCUUUGCCUGCCAGUUGGAAGUCCACAUGCGUUGGCACACGAAGGAGAAGCCCUACAGCUGUGCGGUGUGCAGAAAGAGCUUCACUACGGUCAGCAUGCUGAAGAGGCACCAUCGCAUCCACACUGGGGAGAAGCCCUUUCGCUGCCAUGUGUGCGGCAAAUGCUUCAAUCAGUCUGCACACCUUAACACCCAUUUUAGGCUGCACACCAAAGAACGAGGCAGCUGGAGCCAAGCGCCAUUUUCUAGGAACCCUCAGUCGACAGAAAACUGAAUUAAAUUCAUGCUUCUCGGCACAACUAUGUACUGUACGUGUACAAAUAGGCUCUGCAGUGUUUCAUGUUCUCUCUGUGUGAAUAAAAUGUGUUCUGUGGUGCAUUGUUUU